CAUGCAUGUCGUGUGUUGCUUAUAUCAGAAGUUGAGGGUUCUGUGUGGGGUAGAUGCUGUCGGUUAGCCAGGCCUUGCUUCUCACAAGGGGCGUUUCUGGGGAGAACGUGGAUCUUACUAACCCUGGGGUCUGUGUGGGCUCAAGGAGGAUCCCAUCUCCCCUUAUGUUUCUGGUACAGGAUCAGAUGUGGCCGCCCAGCAGUUGUGCACGUUAGGGUGAGGAGGGUCCAGGUAGAAAAAGGGGGCGAGAGGCAGGAAAGAGCAAGACUUCGACGUUCAGACCUGGGUUCCCGUCCUGUUCCACCUCUUUUUUUCUUUAAAGGAAUCCCUGACAUCCUCAUCCAUCUCCUGUGCCUUUCCGCUGGGUCAGCCUCCUCCCACCAAGCUUCUGACCCACUGUCAUCCGCAGCUCCCACUCUAGCUGCAGAGCUUGACUGGGCUCUGGUUUCUCAGAAGAGCUCAGAGGACCUGGCUCCUCCCUCUUUGCUUCUGAACUGCAUUUCUUUCCUUAUUACUCAGUGUCCACACCCACGGUGGCUGCCUGGAUAAAAAUCUGCCCCUUUCUCCCGUCACCUUUCGUGCCAGACAAAAGCCCCAGUGAGUAAUGGUGACCCACCCAGGUCCAGCUAGCAGCUCUCCAUUCCUGAGUGGCCUGGGGCAGAACGGGGUCCUGCGAGCUCCUGGAUCCCAAGUCUGAUUCCCUUUCCCCAUCUUCCCGCUUCUCUGCUAAGCUUGUUUAUUGGGUACCACUAAGCAAAGUGAAUGAUUAUUCCUGUCUUUAACUAGGAGGGGUGGAGUUCCCGCUCCAUCUUCACCCACUUCUGGGAGGCUUUCAGGGACUCAACACCCCACACUGAUAGCACUUCCCAGGCCUGGCCCAGCCAGCCAAAGAGGAGGACCAGGUCACUUCUCAACCCAGCUGACACUUGGCAGCUUUGUGACCUUGGAUACACCUUCUCUUGGGAGGUCAGACCCCGUGAUCCCAGCUCUUCCAGCUAUGACAUCAUGUGAGGCUGCAAUUUUUUGUUUUUUUUUUUUGAGACAGUAUCUUGCUGUGUUGCCCAGGCUGGCCUUGAAAUCCUGGGUUCAGGCGAUUCUCCUGUCUCAGCCUCCCAAGUAGCUGGAACUUAGGGCGUGAGCCACCGCGCCCAGCUUCUGGAAAGGACAUGAAUGAAUGGGGAGGUGGAACCUGAUUGGACCUGUUCUGUGAGUUCAGGAGAGGUCCUCUGACAACUCACUUGGGGUGGGGAAAGGAGGUAAAGAGUCCUGUGGAAACUUCUGGCUGUGGGGACCCCAUUUCACUGAUGAUUGAAUGGGUCCACCUCUGUCAAAGGAAUUCAGAGUCCCGCUCAUCAUUCAGACUGGGGGAAUCAGGCUCAGUUGACUGGCCCAGUCUUAAAUCCACUGAAUUUCUUUUUAUCUCUGCAUAGAAAAACAGGAUUACAGUUGCUUCUCACUGUCCAAUGGGGAUUGGUUCCUGGAACCCCCGAAUACCCGUCCAUGGAUGAUGCUCAAAUCCCUUACGUGUAACCUAUGCACAUCCUCCCAUAUCCUUUAACUCAUCUCUGUGCUAUUCAAAUACCUCAUACCAUGCAAAUGCUGUGUAAAUAGUUCUUGUGCUGUGUUGGUUUUUAAAUUUGUAUUAUUUUUUCUUGUAUAUUUUAAAUUUUUUUUCCUGAAUAUUUUUGAUCCACGGUUAGUUGCCUCCAUGGGUGCGGACCCACGGACACGGAGGCUGCAUCUUCUAAAAUGAGCAUGGCGGCGCCCUCUGGGUCCUCGUGUAGUACUGUCUCUGGUGCUGCGUCCAGCACAGUGGUGAACAGCAGAACUAAUCUUCUGCACGUUACCACAUUGGAGUGGAGUUCCGCUGUGUUUCCUUCUGCCCCACUCUGGCUUACCAGAGACCCCCUGGCCUUGGCCACAGCAUACCUCGCCUAGUGCUUGGCACCUCAGGCACACAAUAAAUAUUUAUGAAAUGGA